AUGCCACCUCCCAAGUCACGGAAUGCUACCGACGACCACAAGACCGACACCGCCGGCGGUUCCAAAGAGAAGGGGAGCGGUCCGGCCUCAGCCAAGAUGCGUCGCGCAGCCAGCCAGCCUAGUGCAUCGCAACUGCGAGAAGCAGCAAAUGCACCUUUGCAAAAUGCUGCAGAACCACAAGCACCAACGAUCAAUUGGUCUUCUUUCGAGCGCGAUGCCCUCCAUACCUACCGUCGAGAACACCAACUAAACACACCAGCCUCGUUUGCCAGCAGGUACCACCAAUUGCUGCUUUCGCGACCGGGCAGCAUCGGCCACUACUCCCCGACCAUGAUCCGUAAGCAUCAGACGCGACGGCAGAGUAAAGAAAGCUUAGCAAAGGUUGUGAGGAAGCACUUCAACGGCCUUGGCAUCCAAGAAAAUGAUGUCGUAGUCGAUUUCAUAUACAAAAUUCGAAACGAAAAGAUGGCCAAGGCAGGAGGUCCAAACAGACAACCUGGCAUUAUCUCGGACCAUUAA